CGGGAGAGAAGACUUGUUGACUCCAAGCGAUUUGCCGCAUCGGAAUAUUGCGCUUAGAAAAAUGAGCGAAGACCAAAGUGGCGCAACAAGUCUGCAGAAGAAGAAGUCUUCAUCUGACACUCGUUGAUGCCUCACUCACCGCGAGAUCCACAGAGCAGCUUCGGCUGCAGUCGGACUGAUUGGUUUCAUCUAUUUAGGCUCUUUGGGUCGCCAGCAAGUGGCCAAAGGCUCCAGUUUUGUUCGUGUUUUGUUUUGCGUUAAGGUGACCCGCGGGCGCAGAGAUGACUUUCCUGCGGAUCUGUGCAGAGCGGAGAACCUCGACGCGGCCGUUGCUCCUUUUUCACCUCUUUUGCUUUUUCAGUCAAAGCGUGCUCUUCAAUGAUGGUGCUGAGUCUCACCAAGACGCGUCGGCCCUGCUCCGAUCCCUCAAUUUACCUCAACACACAGAAUAUGAGAUUGUAUCUCCCUUUGAGGUCAACCACGAAGGCGUUUACAUCUCUCACGAAGUUGCCCACAACCAGCGCAGAAGGCGACGCAGAUCCUUGACUGGCUCAUCAGAAACCGACGGUGGCAGUGAAACGCUCCACUUCCGACUGAGUGGCUUGGGGCAGGACUUCCACAUGGAGCUGAGGGAGGCCUCCGAGAGCCUGAUUGCACCUGGCUUCACCGUCCAAGUCCUGGGAAAGAAUGGCACAAAGAGCCUGAGGGCCUACCACCGGGACGACCUCUGCUUUUACCAGGGGUCGCUGAGGUCAAAGGUCAACUCCUCUGUGGCAUUGUCCACAUGCACGGGAAUGUCAGGUUUGAUCAGAACACAGGACGCAGACUACUUCCUGAGACCCGUGUCCCACCACUUGGCCCAGAGAAGGAACUUCACAGCACCCUCCAGUCACCAGCCACACAUCCUCUACAAGAGCGAGAGGGACUCCCGUACGGAGCCGAGAGGUCACGACCCCCGGGUGCUUCAGAAGAGAUCCCCGGAUUCAACUCGUCACGACUCACUACACCGACACUUUGUCACCAAGAGAUCCACAAACUCACGGGCGGACCCCACCGCCUCCAGCGUGGCUGGUGAAGAUCAACGAGGUGGCAUCAGUCACGCGGACCGGAUGGAGCACCAUGACAAUGACCACAAACACGGGGAGAAGCAGAGGCAACACUUCUGCGGGAGACGGAAGAAAUACAUGCCCAAACCUCCAGAAGAGGACGCCUUUAUCCUCCAAGAUGAGUACAAGUUCAUCCCGAGGAACAAAAGAGCGGCGCCAAUAAAGAACCAGGCCAAUCAGAAGCUCAACGUGGAGACGCUGGUGGUGGUGGACAGAAAGAUGAUGGACAACCACGGUCACGAGAACAUUACCACAUAUGUUCUCACUGUGCUUAAUAUGGUCUCCAGUCUCUUCAAAGACGGUACAAUAGGGGGGAACAUCAACAUCGUGAUAGUCGGCCUUGUGCUUCUAGAUGAAGAGCAGGAUGGUUUGGUGAUCAAUCACCACGCAGACCACACGCUGAACAGCUUCUGCCACUGGCAGUCCACUCUGGGAGGCAGAGAGGGCCGACACCACGACCACGCCAUCCUGCUCACGGGGCUCGACAUCUGCUCUUGGAAGAAUGAACCCUGUGACACUCUCGGUUUUGCUCCAAUUAGUGGGAUGUGCAGCAAGUACCGGAGCUGUACCAUUAAUGAGGACACAGGCCUGGGUCUGGCGUUCACUAUCGCCCAUGAAUCUGGACACAAUUUUGGAAUGGUCCAUGAUGGGGAAGGGAACGUGUGUAAGAAGUCAGAAGGCAACAUCAUGUCUCCCACGUUAGCCGGUCACAAUGGUAUCUUCUCCUGGUCGGACUGCAGCCGCCAGUACCUCAGCCGCUUCCUCAAUUCUGCCCAGGCUGUGUGCUUAUCAGAUGAACCCCGAGCGGUCAAGGAGUAUCGGUACCCCGAGAAGCUGCCUGGCGAGCUGUAUGAUGCAGACACACAGUGUAAAUGGCAAUUUGGGGAGAAGGCCAAACUCUGCACCCUGAACUUUAAGAAGGAUAUCUGCAAGGCUCUGUGGUGCCACCGUGUUGGGAGGAAGUGUGAGACCAAGUUCAUGCCAGCUGCUGAAGGCUCUGCCUGCGGCCCUGAUAUGUGGUGUCGUAGGGGCCAGUGUGUAAAGCAGGGCGAUGAGGGCCCGAGGCCUCAGCAUGGCCAGUGGUCCGAGUGGUCGGCCUGGUCUGCCUGCUCGCGAAGCUGCGAGAGCGGAGUCACCUAUCGAGAGCGCCAGUGCAACAACCCGAGACCUGCAUAUGGAGGGAGGUUCUGUGAGGGCUCCUUCAGGUCAUACAAACUGUGCAACACUGAGGAUUGUCCCCCCAACACUACCGAGUACAGAGCGCAGCAGUGUGCCGAGUUCAACGGCAAACAGUUCAGAGGAUGGUACUACAGCUGGAGGCCGUACACCAGGGUGGACGAUCAAGAUGUCUGUAAGCUGUACUGCUUUGCUGAGGGAUAUGAUUUCUUCUUUGCCCUUGCCAGCAAAGUUAAGGAUGGGACACUCUGCUCACAGGACAGCUCUAAUGUCUGUAUCGACGGACUGUGUGAGAAAGUGGGCUGUGACCGUGCUUUGGGCUCCUCGGCUGUUCCUGACGCUUGCGGGUUGUGUAGUGGAGACAACUCCACCUGUAAGAUCUACAAAGGACAGUACAGCAAGCAGCAUUAUACCAACCAGUACUAUGGGGUGGUAACCAUCCCAGGAGGAGCUCGGAGUAUCCGCGUGAUGGAACUGAAUACGUCCAGCUCCUAUCUGGCCGUCAGGGACACCCAGAGACGCUACUACCUGAACGGGCGCUGGACGGUUGACUGGCCAGGCCGACACCCAAUCGCUGGAGCUGUUUUUGAGUACAAGAGACCCUACAACAGACCAGAGAGCUUAAUAUCAACUGGCCCCACGAAUGAGACACUAGUCAUAGAGAUAUUGUUGCAGGGCAGGAACCCAGGUGUACGCUGGGAAUACACUCUAAAGAAAACUGAUGAGAAAAGGAACCACAUCAAACACAACUAUACAUGGGCCAUCAUACGCUCCCAAUGCUCAGCGACUUGUGCCACGGGUAAGAUGAACACCAAGGCAGCCUGCUACAAAGACUUGAGAGUGCAAGUGAAUACAUCCAACUGCAAUAUCAAAUCAAGACCGGCUACUGGACUGAUGCCCUGCAACACCCAACCAUGCCCCGCCAGCUGGUCUGUAGGAGAGUGGGGGGGGUGCAGUCUGAGUUGUGGAGGAGGGGAGCAGACGCGGCAGGUCCAGUGUGUCCAGAGAACCAGCCAGACCAACGUAGACACCGCGGCCGACUCUCGCUGUGCCCGGGCCCCUCCGGCCACGAGGCAAGCCUGCAGCACACACAGCUGUCCACCGCUCUGGACCACCGGGCCAUGGUCACAGUGUUCUCGUAAGUGUGGCAGCGGCUUGAAGAAGAGGACGGUGCUGUGUACGAGCGCCGACCCAGCUGCCCAGACGCUGACAGACAGUUUGUGUGCCGGCCCGUCAAAACCCAGCAGUCAGGAAACCUGUUUCAUCAAGCGCUGCCAGAAACAACGCAAAGUCCAAUGGUUUGUCUCCACGUGGCAAGAGUGUUCGGUAACAUGUGGCCGUGGCUCUCAGACACGCUUCAUCAAGUGUGCAGAGAAGGACACUGCAGGAAAGUACAGAGAGCUCGCUGCCAAGAAGUGCCACCACGUCCCCAAGCCCACAGUGGAGCUCCUGAGGCCCUGCAUCCCGGCCGAGUGCCCCGUCCGCACCACGCCACCGGUCCACCGAUGGAGCAUGCAUCAUCUCACCCAUCCACCUCAACCCCUCCCUCCACCUCUGCUUCAAGCAGAAUGGCACUCGUCUCCUUGGUCUCAGUGCACGGUGACGUGUGGUGGGGGAGUGCAGGCCAGGACGAUCCAAUGUCUGGUCCAAGGGAAGCCCUCUCCUGGCUGUGCCCUCCAUCUUAAACCCUCAAUGUCCCAGGCCUGCAACACAAACUUCUGCCCGCAACCUGAGAAGAAAGACCUUGCAUGUAGGGAUUACUUCAACUGGUGUUACCUGGUGCCCCAGCAUGGAGUCUGCAACCACAAGUUCUAUGGAAAGCAGUGCUGUCAGUCAUGUUCAAAUUCAAACCUAUAAUCAUACGGAGGGACUCUGUGGCACAGACAGAUAGGUAGUUAGAUAGACAAAAGACUAUAUUUGACAUCCAUGCUUGAAAAGACAGUGUUUUUUGCUUUAAGCGUGUGCCGGGCACUGAAAACAAGUGACGCUUCGAUGGAAGUGCGAGAGAGUUGCAGUGCCCUCUCUUCUCCCUGUGAUGCCGGACAUCUGGAUGCAAGAACAUGAUCCCCUACACAGGGAAGGGAUCGGGACAGCACAUAUACAGGAGGGAGUUAUGAGGAGGAAAUAGCGAUAUGGGAAUCGUGAUUAAAGCAUAGGCCUGACAUAUCCAAAAGAAACUGAAAACCUUUGUUUAUAUAUUGUAUGUAAUUGCACAGAUCUGUGCCCAGGACACCCAAUGUCUCCCAGUCAAAAUGCAAGCCAAUGAUGGCGAACCAAUAAUGAAAUAACGGUUGAUGAGGUUUCAGGCACUGCCACGCAACAACAUGCCCGGGAUACGCCACUGCAAUUUCUUUAUCAAUCGGAAAUCUGAGGGUCUGAUAAUGAAAAGGGAUGUUUCGAAUAAGCAAGUAGGAAAACAUCAUUUGACCCUACGGCUUGAUAGAAAGAAGACUGGGAAUCAUCAAAGUGGGCUUCCUCAAUAGUUGGACAAUAGCAAGAAGCUAAGUGUGUUGUCAUAUGAAAGAAAAACUAAAAGAGCAUAAAUGAAAUGCGUCACACAUUCUGAGAUGGGUCAACUGUGUAAACUGACUUUCAUACUCAGCGGUGCUACAACGUUGUCUUCUGUCACAAAAGCAAUGUGAAAUCCUCAAGUUUCAGGAAAGAACACGUGAAUUGUGUGACCCAUGUACAGUAUUGUUUGUUUUAUUUAUUGACUUUAGAAUUCAGCAUUGCUGGAAGACUGUAUUAAUAAGCAGCAUCAAUGUGUCAUUUUAUUACUCUACCCUAAGCCGGUGACCUUUAUAUUUUGUAUUAUGUUUCAUAGGAUUACAUGCUGACAAACUGCACUUUUUUUUGGUAUUACAAACAUUUACUUUAUUUUUUGAAGAAGAAAAAUAUGUGAUGUCAAAAGCCCAAUUCUGUAAUAUCAACAUGGAUUCAGUGAUUAUUUACACCAGCUGCCCAGUCAAAAUCUGUAUUAAUUAAAGGUAUGAACCGGGUCUGCUCCAUCUAUCCAUCAGUGUCCCACAUUAUUACAAGUCAUGUAUUGUAUGAAUUGAUAUGGCACAAACUUCAUGCAUUACAUAUUGUUGUGGUUCAAAGCACAAAUAGACAGGUGAUGUUCACAAUGUAAAUGAAAUAACAAUAAACAAACGUGAGUCAUGUCAGCAUUUUAA